UGGGAUUCAGUUUGUGUGCGCAUUUCCUGAAGUUCAACUCGACAAUGAAGCUGUUCAUUAUCCUCGCUUGCCUGCUGAGCCUUGCUUUGGGCCAUGAGCUGCUUUACACUCCAAAUUAUGGCUAUUUUACGGCAAAUGGCUUGACCUAUGCCCACUCUGGUGGUUCAGUGGUGCCUUUGGCCUAUGCUCGUCUGGUGGCACCGGCAACUCAAUCGCAUGUUUACCACAGCGUUCAGACUCCCAGCUCAUUUCAGCAACAAUAUCGCACCGAUUAUCAACCCCUGACCUACGAGUAUCUGUACUAAGGUAUCGCUUUUAUGGCGAAAAUAAUUUUCCAUGAAAUUUGAAUAAAGUUUCGUCAGCCAGCAUUGAAAGCAAA